AUGCCGGUGGAACAUCUGGACGGACGGUCAGAUGGCGCAGCAGAGUCCAGAGAGAAGCUUCUGGAGUUCUGUUUUGAUUACUGCUUCUGGUCCGUGGACCCCGCAGACCCUCAGCAUGCAUCACAGGAGGAGGUGUUCCAGGAGCUGGGCGUGUCUGUUCUGUCCGGAGCGACUGGCGGCUACAACGUGUGCCUGUUCGCCUACGGCCAAACAGGAUCUGGGAAGACGUACACCAUGAUGGGCACACCGGACGCCGUUGGCCUGACUCCUCGGAUAUGCCAGGGACUCUUUCACGCCGAAGACUCUUCAUCUGACGGGCAGAACUCGAGCAGAGUAGAGAUCAGCUUCUUGGAGAUCUAUAAUGAGCGUGUGCGAGACCUGCUGAGAGGAGGAGAGCAGAAGAAAAGAGCUUCUCUCAGAGUUCGAGAGCAUCCUGAGAAAGGGCCCUACGUCCAGGAUCUUUCACAGCAUGUGGUCUCCGACUGCAAACAGGCCAUGGACCUCCUAGAAGAAGGGAUCGCUAAUCGAAUGACUGCUGCAACCCACAACCACGAUGCCAGCAGCAGGUCCCAUGCCAUCUUUACCAUCCAGUACACGCAGGCAGUUUUAGAAAGUAACCUUCCUUCAGAAACUGUCAGCAAGAUUCACCUGGUGGACUUGGCUGGGAGUGAACGGGCAGACCCCCAGCUGUGCAGGGACAGACUGACGGAGGGUUCCAACAUCAACAAGUCCCUGGUCACUCUGGGCGUUGUGAUUUCAGCUCUUGCCCAGAACUGCCAGAUGUUCAGCAGCUGUCAGAGCAUCAACAGCGUGGCCUCUGAGGGCGAUGGCAGCUCGGUGGCUGCAGCGUGUGCAGGCGGGAGAAGGCACUGCUUCGUCCCCUACAGAGACUCAGUCCUGACCUGGCUGCUCAGAGACAGUCUGGGGGGCAACUCCAAGACCAUCAUGAUUGCCACGGUUUCACCCUCCGUGAACAGUUACAACGAGACGCUGAGCACCCUGCGCUACGCUGCCCGUGCCAGAAACGUUGUGAACAAGCCUCGAGUUAACGAGGAUGCUAACGUUCGCCUCAUCAGGGAACUACGGGAGGAGGUUGACAGGCUGAAGAGCAUGCUGCUCAGCUUUCAGAUGCAGCGUAAUCCCAGUCCAUCUCUGAGUGACGAGAAAGACGGAAGUCUUUCUGAAAUUGUGCUUCAGAACGAACUGAAGGUGACUUCCUGUUUUUAUUAA